UGGUUCUUACUGUAAAUUAUGGAAUAAUAUUUGUAGCAUAAGACGAGUUGUUAUCUAUUUUUAAAACCACGUUUAAUCCAUCUUGAUCGCGCAUGCAUAAUCGAAGAGUUGCGUUCAUAUCUGUACAACUGUAUCAAUAAUUAUCUGUCGUCGCCGGUCGGUCACGAUGACAGUGUGACCAUCUUUAACUAAUGAAUGAAUUGGAAACAUUUGUACUGUUACACUAGAAGCUGACGGAUUUAACAGUGGUUGUAGUGUCAGUUUAUGGAAAUUGGACGUACUUCGCGUGACAAUCGACGGUCGACGGUUUUAAUUUGAGAAUAUUAGUAGGUUGCAGCCAGUCGCGCAUGAUACAAAGAUCUAAAUACAUGUGGUGUUAAGGAACAAAAAAUAAAAUUAUAAAGGGUAGUUUGCAUCGUCAUGGAUUAUAUAGAUACGGCCAGAUCAGUUGAAGAUCGUCUUGCGAGCUACAGAAAAGACGAAUCCGGAUGGAAAAUAUGCAAGAAAACUAAUGACGUCGUGGUGUAUUGGCGACCCUCUUGUGAAUUUCCGGGGAAUGUGUAUAAGGGGGAGGGGAUUGUCAGUGGCAGUCCAGAGAAAGUAUGGGACUGCUUGAAACCUGAAAUCAAUGGACUUCGUGUGAAAUGGGACGCAAAUAUAAAAAAGUUUGAGCUACUUGAGCAGGUGUCUGGGGACAUUAUGGUCUGUCGAACUGCAACUCCAUCAGCAGCUAUGGGUAUUAUAUCGCCUCGAGACUUUGUCGAUGUCAUUUCCAUCAAGCACGAUGAGGACGGCACAGUGUCAUCAAAUGCUACCAAUGUAUGCCAUCCAAACUGUCCUCCGCAACCAAGGUACGUCAGAGGCUUCAAUCACCCAUGUGGCUGUACUUGUGUUCCAGUUCCUGGUGAGCCAGGAAAAACGCAGCUGUUCAGCUUUUUUCAGACUGAUCUUGGAGGUUUGCUUCCCCGCUCAGUUGUUGAUUCGUUUUUCCCCACAAGUAUGGUGGAGUUUUACAGCAACCUGACCAAAGCAGUGAAAUCGCUGAAAUAGCACUAAUGACACUUUCUAGAGAAUAUUCCCCUUUAAUCUUAAAUCAGAACAUUUUGAUGAAUUGAUGAAUUUGAUGCACCCAGCAUUUAAUCAUGCUUUAGUGGAAAGUGAAAUCGACUUCAAAUAUAUUCUUGAUUCUUCUAGUAGUCCACUUGUGCCCAAAUACACAGACACCAUUUUAUCGGGAGUACUGUUUUGUUUACCACUAAACUCAUAUUCUGAUAGCUAGCGAUUUAAAUGAAACUAUUGCACAAAUAUUGAUUCAUUUACACUGGGUCUGCAAUUCUCACACAUUCCGUUUCUGCCAUAGUUCAGGGGUGAGAACCAGUAAUAUAGCAACUAAAAUGUAUUUUAUUCAAUUUUAGCAUUUUGUACCUUUCAUUAUGGAGACCCAGAUGUUGACUUUAUAUUUUAGACAUCAACUUUUAGAAUUACAGUCUUAAUAUUGAGAUUAAUUAUCUUACUUUGAAAAUUCAGAUUUUAUUUGAUUAAUUGACCUCUUGUUAGGUGCUCAAAUUUGACUAUAUAGGUACAUCACAACCAUUACUAUAUUUAAAUAGUGAUAUUAUAGAUCAUAAAGGCUUCGGCAAAUUAAUGUUUCCUGGCAGACUAGUAUCUCUAGAAAUAUUUGAAGAAUUCCAUUUGCUGCUGUACUUUGUUUACAUAUGUGAUUUUAUGUACUGUACGUUCAAGACUGACAAAAAGGCUAGAACAAUCAUGACAAAGUUAUAUGAUUGAGCGCUGUUAAGAAAGAUGAUUUAAAAGGAACAGAUAGAACAGAUAGAUAGGAUGUUCACCAUUAAGCAUUGAAUUGAGAAUGCCUUUUAAUUUCAUUUCAAUUCCAGAUUUUUUAAUUGAAUAGUUAGAUGCAGAAUUGCACAUCGAAUUUGAAUUUUAGGAAGUAGAAUUAAAAUGGAAUGAAAUGCAAAGAAUUUCAGAAAACUGCCCUAAAUGUUUUAAUAAUACAUUCCAUUUUACAGGAUGAAUUACCCAUAAACCUGUUAACAUACAAUAUUUGGGUGAUGCCCAUUAACAUAAUAUUAAGAUCAUAUUAUGACUCCAAACAUAUUAAUUUAAUAAUCAACUGU